CGUAGUUGACGGUAGUGAAUGGUAGUUGUAUUUUUCUUAUGAUGAGGUUGUUGGUUAUGAAAAUCGCAGAUGUUAAAAAAAGUAUAAAAUUCUUAUUAAUUUCAUUUUGCUUAUGAUUUUUUUGCACUCUAUACAGAUAAAACACAAGGAAAGGCACAGUUUGUUAAUCUUAUUUUUAAGCUUAGAACCUUUGUGAUGAUGGGCUCUUGACAGAAAUUGAAGUAACAAGGAUGAUAACAGAUAAGGCAGCCAUAAUGCAGUUUCUAUUUAAGUGAAAGGACCAUGUAAAGAAGGAUAGUUAUUCUGAAGACACUUUGCAUUUAUACUACCCUAGACCUUACAAAGAUGGAUAUAAGUGUGUGUGGACCAAACAUAAGGUGUCAGAAAAUCAUUUGGCACAUCAGAGUGACCUUCACCCAACAGAGCAUCAGAAUUAAGUAAAAUUUAUGACAAGUUCAUUGAUGGAUAAGUUAAGGAGAAGUUUUCGGGACAGUUUUCGUAAAAAGAAAGAACACAUUCCUGAUUCCAGUAAACCUCACCAGUGGCAGGCAGACGAGGUUGCAGUAAGGGAUGGAACAUGUAAUUUCCCAGUAAAGUACUUGGGUUGCUUGGAGGUGUUUGAAUCAAGAGGGAUGCAAAUAUGUGAAGAGGCACUAAAAGUUCUGAGGAACUCUAGGAAGAGGCCAAUAAAGGGUGUGCUAUAUGUGACAGGAGAUGGGUUAAGAGUAGUAGAUGAUGACACAAAGGGUCUGAUAGUUGAUCAAACAAUAGAAAAGGUGUCAUUCUGUGCACCUGACAGAAACCAUGAGAGAGGAUUCUCUUAUAUUUGUCGUGAUGGAACCACUCGCCGGUGGAUUUGUCAUGGUUUCUUAGCCAUGAAAGACUCAGGAGAAAGAUUGAGUCAUGCUGUAGGAUGUGCAUUUGCUGUUUGCUUGGAAAAGAAACAGAAGCGUGAAAAAGAGGCUGUAAUGAUGAACUUUGAUCCAAAAACAGCAACUUUUACCCGUAUGGGUUCUUUUAAACAAGCCCCUUUUACAGAGAGGUUGAAAGACCCUCAAGAAUGUAAACCUUCAGAGCCUCCACCAGUUAAGCCAGUACACAAUCCCUAUGCAGUGGAAAGACCUCAUGCCACACCUGUUAUGCUUGAGCGUCAGGGGUCCUUCCGGGGUUUUUCAUCUCUUAGUCAGGUGACACCCUUCAAACGUCAGCUGUCUUUACGUCUGAAUGAACUACCCUCUACUGUGGAACGUCAGCGAUCCAUGUCAUUGGAAUCUACUGACUUGUUCUCUCGCCAGAAUGGACCAGUAGUUACACCUAUUCCUGAGAGUUCUCCAGUCCCAGAGAAACAAGACUCUAUCAGUGCUAUGUGUCAACAGCUUUCACAAGGGUUGUCCUUUUUGUCCAGCAGUGACAGUCCAUUUAUACAACAAGUAACUGAACAACAACAACUGCCACAAGCUCAUUCUUCAGGAAACCCAUGGGUUGGCAGCAAUUAUUCCCAAGAAUCACCAGCAGAAGCAUGGCUUACAUACAGCACUGCUGCCUUACAGGGUAGUCCCAGUAAGGCAGCAGUAAGAAGCCAUCCUAACCCCAAUGAUUUAGCUUUGUCUCGCCAUAACAUCCCUCAUGGAAUGCCCCAACCUGUUGUACCUCCUCGACGUAGCAGCCCCAAUUUUUCUCAUUUGCGAAGUCAAUCACUUGAUUCUGCAGAUGUUUUUGUCACCCCACCCAGACAAAAUACUAGGACUUCAGCUGAGUCUUCUGCUAGCCCCUGGGUAAAUGGUAAUGCAUAUCAACCAAACCAGAGAACCCAGUCACAUUCUGGAGAUCCCUUUGAUGCUGAAUGGGCUGCUCUCGCCAGUCGAAACAGUACAAGCACAACUAACCCUUUCUUGCAGAAAACGGUUAAAGCUUUUGAAGUUCAAAUAAAGUUAAAGACACCUGUGGACUAGCUGUGGAUAGCUUAAGAGGUGGGUUCAUGUUUGUUUAACACCAGUUGCCUUAGACGUGUCUGAUAUGUAAAUGGUGAAAACAUUCAGUAAGGACCUUUUGAACUGUGUGAUACCUGUAGGAUCUUCAACCACCUUUUUUGUUCCUUUUUUGUUUAACCAUUGUUGCUAAAUUUGGUGUAUCAUUAAAAAUUGGCAAAAAUAAAAACUCGGAGAGAAAUAUA